AGAGAAAAGGAAGUUUGCUAAUGUGUAUAUUUAUUUUUAAAAAUAUCGCUUAUGCUUAAAUGUACUAAAUCAAAAAGACAACAAUGCAACUUAUUGAAAAAUAAAUAGUUUGCUAUGUAAAUUUAAGUUACAAAUUAAGCAUCUAAUUGAAUUAAAAUAUAAACGGGAACAUAGUUAUCCUAAAAAAAAGUUGAAAUGUGGGACUCGUCUAUGUUUUUGAGCACCCUGACGCCAAAAUUUUAUGUUGCACUAACAGGCACAUCAAGUCUCAUAUCUGGACUUAUACUUAUAUUUGAAUGGUGGUACUUUCGUAAAUAUGGCACGUCUUUUAUAGAACAAGUUUCCAUAAAUCAUAUAAGUCCAUGGAUUAAUGGUACUGAUCCUCAAACGGAAGGAAACGGUAGUAGUGCUAGUGGUAUUAAUGGUUCAUCUACACCAGGCACCGGGCAACAAAUGCCAGAAUGUAAAGUUUGGCGUAAUCCUUUAAAUCUUUUUCGUGGUUCUGAAUAUCAACGAUUUUUCUGGGCGACCACUAAAGAGCCUCUAACAUAUUAUGAUAUGAAUCUAAGUGCACAAGAUCAUCAAACUUUUUUUACUUGUGAAGGGGAUGCUCGUAAAGAAGAAUAUGAAAUUAUGCAAACUGCAUGGCGCGAACGUAAUCCAGUGCAACGAAUAAAAUCUGCUAGAACAGCACUUGAACUCAACUCAGAAUGUGCACCUGCUUACAUACUACUUGCAGAAGAAGAGGCUACUACAAUACAAGAAGCCGAAAAAAUACUAAAAACUGCGUUGAAAGUAGCAGAAAUGAAUUAUCGUAAGUCACAAGCUACGCAACACCAGGGUCCAGUGGCUGAAGGUAUCCAUAGACGAGAUACAAAUGUACUCAUUUAUAUAAAACGUAGGUUAGCAAUGUGUGCGCGUAAAUUAGGAAAAUUAAAAGAAGCAGCAAAAAUGUUUCGUGAUCUAACUAAAGAGAUUCCAUCCAUUAUGAAUGUAUUAAAUAUACAUGAGAAUCUCAUUGAGACAUUGUUAGAAAUGCAAGCGUAUGCAGAUUGUCAGGCAGUUUUGGCAAAAUAUGAUGAUAUAUCAUUGCCAAAAUCAGCAGCAAUAUGUUAUACGGCAGCAUUAUUAAAAGCACGUGCAGUAGCAGAUAAAUUUUCACCUGAUAUUGCUUCAAAGCGUGGAUUAAGUCCUGCAGAAAUGAGUGCUGUGGAAGCUAUACAUCGUGCCGUUGAAUUUAAUCCACAUGUACCUAAAUAUUUACUUGAAACAAAACCUCUUAUUUUGCCACCAGAACAUAUACUUAAACGUGGUGACUCUGAAGCACUUGCAUAUGCAUUUUUUCAUCUGAAACAUUGGAAAAACGUUGAGGGUGCUUUAAAUCUAUUACAUUGCACCUGGGAAGGUACAUUUCGCAUGCUACCGUAUCCAUUAGAGAAAGGUCAUCUUUUUUAUCCCUACCCUACUUGUACAGAAUGUGCUGAUCGGGAACUUUUACCGGCGUUUCAUGAAGUUUCAGUUUAUCCUAAAAAGGAAUUACCAUUUUUCAUACUUUUUACAGCGGGACUGUGCUCAUUUACAGCUCUUUUGGCGUUGUUAACACAUCAGUAUCCUGAGCCAAUGGGGUUCUUGGCACAAACUGUACUUACUUGGAUAUCAUAUCCGUUUCAAUUGCUAAAGGAACGUAUUGAAGCAUUUUGGCCAUGCAAUCUACUGCAGCAUUUGUCACGAGUUUAAACAAAAUAUGUAUGUUCUAUUUUAAGAAUUUUAUAAAUGGCAGUUAAAUGUGUAAAAUAUUUAGUAAAGCAA